GGCAGAUUAAGGCGUUCUAGUUUCUUGCAGUCGCCUUACUGCAUCGUCUAAAACAAUUUACGACCUUUAUCUUUUGAUCAUGCUUCAGAUGAAACAAUAUAGGAACAAACGAAAAAUGUGCAGUUGCAUCCGGUCGAGACGAGAGGCUGCUGUGAACGAUUCAGGAAAUUUUCAAGAUUGAUUCUCUCAGAUGCUACAAUUGGACUAAAUUGCUAAUAGACCUACUUCAUGAUGUCUGGAUCUCAGGGUCAUAAACAAGAUGGAGAGGCCCCUAAGGACCCAAUGAUACGUUACCGGAGUUACCUGCAUGGAGGCACUUCCAGCUUGUUGUCGGCGCUCCCCACUUUUAUUGUGUUCCCUGUGUACAAGACAAUAUUUCGUCAACAAAUCCACAAUACUCCAGUGCAUCGUGCUGUGGGCCAGCUUUAUAAAGAAGGCCCCCUGAAGCUUUAUCGGGGUGUGGCUCCUCCAUUAGUCAUGCGAACACUUAAUGGUACUCUCCUCUUUGGUCUUCAGGAUACUCUUCUUCACAGUCUUUCCCAGACAUCUCUUAUUACAAACAUCCCAACCUCAGCUUUGCCAGCAAUGGCUGGUUUUGGUGCUGGUAUUGUUGAAGCUCUGAUUUUCACUCCCUUUGAACGUGUCCAGAAUGUCUUACAGAACAGUCAGAAUGAUUCUCGUCUACCCACCCUGAAGAGUGUACUUGUCAUGCUGAACACUGAGCGGAAAGCUACAGGGUUUUAUAGAGGCCUCCUGCCAAUGACUGCUCGUAAUGCACUGGGAAGUGCUCUCUAUUUUGGCUUAAAAGGACCUAUGUGUGCGGCUGUAGCUGGAGGAGGGUUGUCUCCUCUGGCAGCAUCUUUUGUAUCUGGGACAUUAACCUCCAUGGCCAUCAGCUUGACCCUGUACCCACUGUCUGUGCUGGUGGCUAACAUGCAGGCAGAAGUGGGCAGGGACCUCAAGGGAGUGUGGGGAUGCUGGAAACACCUGAUGGAGUCCAGACAGUGGAGCAUUGCUUUGUUGUACCGAGGUGGUACCCUGGUGAUCCUCAGAUCAUGUAUCACAUGGGGACUCACAACUGCCCUUUAUGACAGACAAUAGAAGCGCUCGGGCUGAGAACAGGUGGUGUUACUUGUAGUGGCAAUAGUAUCUUUAAUUUUCUGAAAUGAUCUCUACCUCAGUCAUUUGAACAAGUUCAGAUCUAGCUUCAUAGCAGUGUGUUUCUUACUGGUGUUCAAUGCAGUUGCAUUAAUUUUAAAUGAAAGACAUCUACUUGUUUUUGACAGGAAGUAUUAUUUUACCUGUCAAAUUAACCACUUCCUGCAUACACAUAGACUAAGAGACUAUAUUAAAUCUACUGUGGAUCUAAUUGAAAUAUCAUGUAUCCAGACCUGCCACUUAUGAACCCAAGGUUUGUCAAAUGUGCCUUGAACUAUUUAGUGUGUGUUUACAAUACAUUUUAGUGAACAGCCAAAUUGUUAGAUCAUGUAGACAUACAAAAUGAGCAGUAUUAUAUUGCCACUUUAUCAACAUAAUCUAAAUAAAUGGCAAACUGACA